AUGAAUGAUGGAACUCCAAAGGCUGAUCAAAAGGUUUUUAGAAGCAUGGUUGGAGGAUUGUUGUAUUUGAAUCAUUCUAGACUGGAUAUCAUGUUUCCAGUGAGUUUAGUCUCAAGAUUUAUGUAUAAUCUGUCUGCACAUCAUCUUAGAGCAGCAAAACGGAUUCUUCGCUAUGUUCGGGCAACAAGUGAUUUUAGGAUUUGGUAUAAAACAAUUCCUAAUUUUAAACUACUUGGUUUUACUGACAGUGAUUGGGCUAGUUUUACAGAUGACUGGAAAAGCGCAAGCAUUUUUAUCUUCAAUCUUGGUUCGGGAGCUGUGUUUUGGGUUUCAAAGAAGCAAGCAACAGUUGCAUUAUCAUCUUCAGAAGCUGAGUAA